AGUGCGUUUGGACAAGACGUGUAUACGAAAGUUGUGAGUGGAAAUCAAGCCCAAGAAGCUGAGCGAAAAGCGACUUUAAAUCGUCACUAAAGGAAACGCCAUGGAGUUUAAUAAUCGUUUGCUGCUGAAGAUCCUCGAGCUGGGCAUUGCCAUUGCCUGCAUCGUGCUCUAUGAGGUCGUCGGGGAUCUGAGCAAGCGUCCGUUGAUUGUCUGCGGCACCAUUGGCGGCUUCACAAUUAUCUGUGCCGUGCUGCUGGUCGGACAUGUUCUCGGCUCGGUUGUGGAGAAACGCCUCAAUGCGCUGAUCUCGCUGCUUGGCUGCAUUCUCUUUGUGGCUUCUGGAGCAUUGGUCAUUGAUGAGUGGCAUGAUAUGUAUGAGUUCUUGAAGGAUCGCAAGCGUAAUGCCAUCGCUGCCGGUUCGUUGAUGAUCAUCAAUGGCGCCGUCUUUCUACUGGACACGCUGUCCAUUUGCAGAACGUAAGCCCCCCUAAAAAAAAAAAAAACAAACCGAAACAGCCAAGGGGUCUCCAACAUAUA